AUGGCCAUGGCAUUCACGCCUGAGUGGACAGAGGAGUGGCCUCAAAAAAGGUUCAAGACCUUCUGCCGGCCGACUGGUUUUUCCCGCAGAGAAGGGUUUCUAUGCAAAAAGAUGCGCCCGAUGGUGUGUGCAGAGGAACUCGGACUGACGGCAUCAGAACACGAUCGGUCACUAUUUGUCGCAGCCUCCCCCGACUCGACGAAAAGUCGACAAAACUGUCGUCAGGGCACCUAUUGA